ACGGAGUUCCCCCGGACACUACGGUCUCCAACCAGCGGCAGUCUGAGUUGUGUUCCUCGGCUCGGCGGCAGGAGGAGCCGGUGGCCGGAGCUCGGGGAGAAGAAGCCGCGGUGAGAAGCUGCUGCUCGGACCACAGAGAACAGAGAUCGACAUGGAGCUGGAGAACAUCGUGGCCAACACGGUGCUGCUCAAGGCACGAGAAGGAGGAGUCGGCAACAGGAAAGGAAAAAGCAAGAAGUGGAAGCAGAUGCUUCAGUUUCCGCACAUCAGUUUGUGUGAAGAGCUGCGACAGAGCAUUGAGAGAGACUACAUCAGUCUGUGUGAGCGUCAGCCGAUUGGACGAUUGUUGUUCAGACAGUUCUGUGAGACCAGGCCUGGACUGGGACGCUGUAUCAAGUUUCUGGACGCAGUGGCUGAGUACGAGGUGACGCCUGACGUGGAGAGAAGAGAGAGAGGUCAGGAGGUCGUCCAGAAGUUCUUCAACCCACAGUCAUGUGACCACGUGUCGGAGCUGGACGCAGCCCUGAGGGACCAGUGCAGUGAGAAGCUGCAGCAGGAAAAAGGGGCCUGCAAAGAACUUUUCAAGGACUGUACCAAAUUAAUCCACGACUACCUGAGUGUGGCGCCAUUUGCAGAUUAUCUGGACAGUAUGUUCUUCAACAGGUUCCUGCAGUGGAAAUGGCUGGAGAGGCAGCCUGUGACUAAAAACACCUUCAGACAGUACAGGGUUCUGGGAAAAGGAGGUUUUGGGGAGGUGUGCGCCUGUCAGGUUCGGGCCACAGGGAAACUGUACGCCUGUAAGAAGCUGGAGAAGAAGAGAAUCAAGAAGAGGAAAGGAGAGUCCAUGGCCCUGAACGAGAAGCAGAUCCUGGAGAAGGUCAACAGCAGGUUUGUGGUGAGUUUGGCGUACGCAUACGAGACCAAGGAGGCGCUGUGUCUGGUUCUGACCCUGAUGAACGGGGGUGACCUGAAGUUCCACAUCUACCACAUGGGGGCGGCAGGCUUCGAUGAGACCAGAGCCGUUUUCUACACAGCAGAGAUCUGCUGUGGGUUAGAGGACCUGCACAGAGAGAGAAUAGUCUACAGAGACCUGAAACCUGAGAACAUCCUGCUGGACGACCUGGGUGAGACUUUCAUCUCAGAUCUGGGCCUGGCUGUUCACGUUCCUGAGGGUCAGACCAUUAAGGGCCGCGUGGGAACAGUGGGGUACAUGGCUCCUGAGGUGGUGAAGAACGAGCGCUACGUCUUCAGCCCAGACUGGUGGGCUCUGGGCUGCCUCCUGUACGAGAUGAUCGAGGGUCAGUCUCCGUUCCAGCAGAGGAAAAAGAAGAUCAAGAGGGAGGAGGUGGAGCGGCUGGUGAAGGAGGUGGAGGAGGAAUAUUCCAGCAAGUUCUCGGAGGAGGCCUCCUCCCUCUGCAGGAUGUUGCUGGCCAAAGACCCGGCAGACAGACUGGGCUGUCAGGGGGGCGGAGCUUCAGAGGUCAAAGCUCAUCCCAUUUUUCACAACAUCAACUUCAAACGCCUGCAGGCGGGAAAGUUGGACGUUCCCUUCAUCCCUGAUCCUCAGGCCAUCUACUGCAAGGACGUCCUGGACAUCGAGCAGUUCUCCACUGUCAAAGGUGUCGAACUGGAACCCAAGGACCAAUCGUUUUACGGCAAAGUGUCGACCGGCAGCGUCUCCAUCCCCUGGCAGAACGAGAUGAUUGAGACCUCCUGUUUCGAUGAGCUGAACGUCUUCCAUCAGGAUGGAGGCGUUCCUCCAGACCUGGACUGGAGGGGACAACCGUCUCCUCCCCCCAAACAGGGUCUGCUGCAGAGACUGUUUGGACGUCAGGACUGCUGUGGGAACUGCAGUGACAGUGAUGAGGAGCCUACCAGGCUGUGACGUGCACGCCUCACGUGCACACAUCCAUGAUGUGACCUGUUUACAACUUUUGCACAUUUUUCUCUGCAAACGUCGUUUUUCACCUUUAUUUAUAAACAAACUUCGGUCGCAGUCGUCUUCGUUUGUCCCCGACGGACGAGACCAGGGACAGAGUUCCUAAAACGUCCCUGUCCAUCCAGCCCAGAUGGACCAUGGACUUCUUCCUAUAGUGGGCACAGAAAUGUCUUCAUGUCCUCGGGGCGGAGACGACAACGUUGGUUUGGUGGUGAAGCAGCAGCCCGCGACCCAGGAGACCUCAGAGCAGCAGCUGUUUGUUGUUGUGAACUCUGGUUGGACAGCUGAUGAUGAUGUCACUGCUGUUUGUCCCCGUCUGCUGAGGGACACGGUUUGUUUUUGUGUAAAAUCUCUGUGAAUCUUUGUCUGGUUCUCAUCGGUUCCUCUCUCAGGGUUCGUCUGUCGGUCGUCUGUCGGUCGUCUGUCGGUCUUCACUCUGCGACCGUCACCGACCGACACAGAGAGGAACUGAAGGCGUCUGGUCGCAGGUACGACGGCGUCCGGACCUCGGCUGGUUCUGUGGCAGCAGAACUUCCUCAGGAACCUGGGUUUUAAGCUAAUGACGGUGAAAUAAACCAAAUACCUCUGAAAGUCCCA